CGGGGAUCUUUGUUGCUCGUCUCCCCAUCCGCUUCGUCGCUUCGCUGACUUCGGCCAUGGCGGAGAUGGUGCUGUACCACAUGAACGGCGCCCGCUCCUCGCGGGCGGUGUGGAUGCACCGGGAGCUUCAGGCGAUCUAUGGCACCCUGCCGCCGCUGGAAGUGCACGCCUUUGAUCCCAAGACCUUCCGCGAGAACAAGCCAGACUGGUACUUGAAGAUCAACCCCAAUGGGAAGGUACCUUCCUUUACUCACGGCCAGGUGAAAAUGUAUGAGAGCAGCGCCAUUUGCCUCUACCUGCUCCAGAUGUUCGAUAAGGAGGGCAAGCUUGCUCCGCUCAAUGAUCCAGAGUUCGCGGCGAAGUUCUACCAGCUGGCCUUCUACUGCUCCGGCACGGUGGACAACUUGACGGCCACCAGCUCGCCCAUCCAGCCAGUGAUGAGCUGCCUCACCCCCGGCGAGGAGGAGGAAACCGUGAAGAUGAAUCAUCGAGCUUGGCAGGAGCAGUGCGGGCCCAUUUUGGUGUCGGCUUUGGGGGACUCCAAGUUCAUCUUUGGGGAUCGCUUUACGGCCAUCGACGUCAUCGUGGGCACCAACAUGCACUACAUCUACAACAAGCGUGGCUGGCGAGACUUCCCGGUGUUGGAGGCCUACUUCGAGCGGCUCAAGGAGCGGCCGACGUUUCAGGAGGCCUUCGGCAAUUUCCCCAUCGCCUGAGAGCGCCUUCUUUAGACGCGGAGUCGCUCACCCGAGCGGGGAGCUGGGAGCGGGGAGCGCGAGCCGUGAGCGCCGUUUUGCGUUGGCGCAGGCAGAC